GAUAAAAAAAUGAUACUGUCAAUGUCAUAUUAUAAUUUGAUUUGAAACGUGCACUGAUCGGUGAAUACAUCACAGAACAUAAUAAUUCUAAAUAAGAUUAUACAAUUUACUGCACUUUAUUAUCUAAAAUAGUGAACCAUCGUAAGUCACCGGACAAUUACAACUUCAAUCUUGUGCUUUCUUGAUCUUAGUGCACAUAUAUACACAACGAUUUGUCUAGUUGAGCUGAGCCAAGCUUUGCCACCUAGUACUCUUUCUCUUAAUAUAAGCCUAUUAUAGUGCUUCAGUUUGGUACAUUAUUAAUAUGACUAUAUCCAAUAGAACUUUAGUUCAAAUUGCUGCUUGGGGUGGCAUAAUAGUCAGCACUACAGGAUUUUAUCUACAACAUCGGUUAAUUGAUAAGAUCCAGAAAAUAACUUUGCAGAUGACAAAUUUGCUAGAUUUAAAAUUCCUGUGUUGGGUCCAAAAGAUAGAGGAACAUACAGUUUUUGGGCUGAAAAAAUCAAUGAUGAAUGGAAACUUACUCGUGCUGAACUUGAAUUGAAAUCAAAACCAGAUUCAAAGAUGGUGAUAUUGAAAUAAGCAAAUGUGGUUAGGUUUUCCAGACUUCAAAUAAGGAAAAACACAAUGUUGAAGCAUUUUGUUGGGACAACGAAAGAGCAGUUUUUUUAUCACAAUACUUUACUUUGUCUGGUAAAAGCACUUGAGGGGCAAAAUAUAACAGUAGAUUUGAGACAUGACAGCCAUGUUUGUGGAGAGGUCAUCUUAGUUGAUGGGUACAUGAACAUUUCUUUUGGAACAGCAGUUUUCGUUGACGCUAAAGGCAAUGAGUUUGCCUACGAUAAUCUGUUCAUACAGGGGCGCAACAUCAGAUAUGUCCACAUUCCCGAAUAUAUGGCGGCAAGGGAUACUAUUAAAACGGAAUUAUCAAAAGUAGCUCCAAAACCUAGAAAUCAAAAUGAGCAAGUACGAAAAUCUAGAAAAGCCAAGAAAGCGCUCAAGCUUCACAUGGAAACCGUGGCCAGGCUGUAAGACACUAAGGAUUGCUGAUCAAUCAUCUUUAGAUAGGUUCAUCUUCUGUAUUUAUCUCACUUGUACAUAACUCUCUCAUUGUCACCACGCUCACAUUAUUGUUUUUAUGGAAGAAAUAAAAUAGUGACAAAGUA